AAAUAAAUAUGCUAAAAUAAGAAGAAUUUUAUGAAUAGCAAGAACAAUAAGAGAUUAGUAGAGAAUAUGAAAAGACAGCACUUUCUAUUUGUGAGUUGAAUCAUCGUUUAACAUAAAUAGAGAAUCAAUAUUUUCAAGAAUCAAGAUAAUAACAUAAUAGAAUAGAUGUUGAUUUCAGAAAGUAUUUGAGUUCGUUUAGUAUAAUAAAGAAAAAGGAUCAUAACAUAGAUUAAAUAAGAAAGUAAUUUAAUUUUAAAUAUGAAGAAUCUUUGAUCGUUUAUGUGGUGAAUAUGAUUUGAUUCUCUAAAAGGAAGGUAGAGAGAGAAGAGAAUACAGAAAAAUGCUCACUAAACUUUAAAGAGUUUAAAAGAAGGCGUGGAAUUUGAAUUUAGAUAAAAGAGAAGAUAUAAAAUAAGUUUGUAAUGCAUAAGAAAUCCCAGACAGAAUUUUAGAUGAAAUUGCUUAAACCAUAAAGAAUUACAAUAGAGAAUGA